AUGCAGAGCGACUGCGCGGCGUUCCACUCCGCGCUCCCCUACGCCGGCCUCUGUGGUGCAGCGGUGCCCGGCCAGGACGCGGGAGCCAUGACGGCCGAGAUCCUCGUCGCCGAUGAGGCGCGGCCUGCCGGGAUGACGACGACGCCGCUCCAUGGCGGCACCGCCGCGCAGACGCCGGACCUCGCCACCGUCAUCACAAGAAUCCAGGGCGGGCUGGGGGGCAACCUCUACUCCGCCGGGACGGCGACGAUGCCUGUUAGGGCGAUGCUCGCUGGCGGCCCCGCGGCCGGCUAG